UGUGAGCUUGAAACCUAACGGUUGUCCGCGCUUGCUCUCAACAAUGCUGCCUACCGAACCGCCAUGGUCAUGAUCCACCUCAGAUCCCAAACACCACCGGUAGACUACAUGUACUGUUCUUGAUUUGCUAAUCAAGAAGGCGAAGACAUUGAACCACCGCUGCGACCUUUUGUUGUUGACAGAGAUAGCUUGUUGUUUGUUGUGUUCUUCACAAGAGCGGAAGCCUCAAUCAAGAUUUGUUAUCGGACCAAGAUUGGUCAUUGUUCUCUACCGCAAAGCCAGUGCGUCCCAGAAGAUACCAUCACCAUGGCGGACACUCCAGCUUGGUUGAGUUCGGGAAACGACAACAAUGCCGCAGCUGCGGGAGGCGGAGAUAACUUCGAGAUGACGACUGGAGUUGCUGCUUCCCAGCAGCCCACCACGCCAACAGUCGGUUCCACCACUUCGGCAACGGCGGCGUCCUCGACGGAGGCUGCCGAAGAGGACCUACCCCGCAUGAUUUUGACAAUGAGAUUGGCCAACAUGGGGGUGGCCAUUGCCCUCAUUGUCUGUUCGGUUUUUGUCAUGGUUGGGAUCCCCGGCCCAUCGGUGUUUGUUUUGGCAAUCUAUGCUACCUGUGGAGGCCUCUUGAUUUGUUGCCUGGAAACUCAGCUUAAAUUUCUACGCGUUAUUAUUGCCGUCAAUUUUGGAUUCUUGUUCAAUUCGGUCUGGAGGUUCCUCUUCUAUUUGCUUCUGGCGAGUGUCAGCUGGUCCUACCAGGAUCUAUUUGGGAAAAUCGUGGCUGGGUGCCUCUGUGGAUGUGCUGUGUUCAAUACUUUUGUGCUUUGUCGAUACCCAUCCUAUCGUAAAAUCAGAGAGCGAAUUGCGGAGGAGGAAGAUAAGCGAAUCGAAGCCAGGAUUAGCAAAGAGGUCAAACGGCAAGCCAUACAACAAGUGACAUCGCCCACAUCGUAGUCGAACUGGUACUGGUACCGUGGUCCAUCUGUAUGCACAGUCAAAAGGUCAAUAAGCACUUGCCGCUCUAGCCAAAAUGUCAGCCCUUUCCGGACAGUGGGUGCCACACCUCCUACCUAAACUAGAUGCAUCAUUCACCAAGCGUUC